AUGGAGCAGCAGAAGCAGAAGAACGAAGAAUUGCAGAAGAAGCUGCAAGAAACUGCUGCACUGCAGGAAGAGGUCGCAAAGAAAAGAGAAGAGACCGAAGACUUGCAGAAGAAACUGCAGGAAGCCUCUGCAAUGCAGGCAGAAAUGGAGCAGCAGAAGCAGAAGAACGAAGAAUUGCAGAAGAAGCUGCAAGAAACUGCUGCACUGCAGGAAGAGGUCGCAAAGAAAAGAGAAGAGACCGAAGACUUGCAGAAGAAACUGCAGGAAGCCUCUGCAAUGCAGGCAGAAAUGGAGCAGCAGAAGCAGAAGAACGAAGAAUUGCAGAAGAAGCUGCAAGAAACUGCUGCACUGCAGGACCCAUGGGACACAUGUGCAGUGUCAUGUGCAGGGGAAGAGGUCGCAAAGAAAAGAGAAGAGACCGAAGACUUGCAGAAGAAACUGCAGGAAGCCUCUGCAAUGCAGGAAGAGGUCGCAAAGAAAAGAGAAGAGACCGAAGACUUGCAGAAGAAACUGCAGGAAGCCUCUGCAAUGCAGGCCGAAAUGGAGCAGCAGCAGCUUCAAGCGGCUGCACUGCAGGCGGAACUGGAAAAACAGAAGAAGGAGAAUGAAGAGCUUCAAAAAAAGUUGCACGACACGCCGACACAGGCGGCGACCGAUCAUCGGGAAGCAACGUCCACGGCUCCGCAUUCUGUCGUGGAUGAGGCUGCCAAAAAGGCCGCUGUCGCAGAAGAGGAGCGAAACAAGGAAGAAACGCGCUUGAACGAGCUCUUGGCGAAAAGCAAAAGUCUGGAAGAGGCGACGGCCGAGCUGGCGGCGAAGCGAAGUAAAUUGGAAGAACAACUGAAGGAACAAGAGAGGCUCCUGGCAGAGGAGCGACGCUUGGCGGAGGAGGCGGAGGCCAAGGUGAAGGCGAGCAAGAAGACCAAGGUGGGGUCUGAAGCCAUGAAAAGCUCCGGAACUUCUGCUCGUUCAGGUCAGGAGGAGGCGGCCACCAAGAUCCAGGCGGUGGAGCGAGGACGCAGCGCCAGGAAGGCCACCAAGGAGAGCAAGACCAAAGGUAAAGAGAAGACCCACACGCAAGUGAACGUGGGAAUGAUGAGCAUGCGAAUCUGAGCCAUCGAAGGAGACGCCAUGGGAAUUUGCGGCUGAGGAUCAGCUGGGUCACUCGGCAACUGGAGCCGAAGAACGACGGCAAUGCGACGAUAUGGGGCCUGGAUUUCCAAGGAUUCCACCGAGAAAAACGCGUUGCGGCCCCGCGCAAGCGCGCCGGCGCUGCAAGCGACGUGCCGUUCCUGUUUCGAGGAGGAGCAGCUUGGGCUCUAUGCUCUGCGCGGCAGAGUACGAUGAGUUGGACGAGUUCUAAGUGGACAACCAGAUGUGGAGGUCAUGAUUAACCGCCGACAAAUCCACUCUGAGAAUCAUAUCCCCAGG